GGAGGAGAGAGACACACACACACACACACAGACAAUGCACCUGUUAGCAUACACCUGAUUCUCAGACUGCAGAGCGGUGAGGGAAAGUGCUGGAGGGGCUGAGAAAGAAAGAAAGAAAGAAAGAAAGAAAGAAAUUUGAGAUUUUGAAACAAACAAACAGAAAAGCAUGUUGGUGAAUGAUUUUUUUUUCAGUUUGCAGUCAGUGAUAUCCAGAGUAUGACUUUGCAUAGCUAACCCUGCUGAUUAUACACGCUCAGCCCGGGUGCAGUGGCUCACUUAGCAAAGGAUUAAAGGUAUCCUUCAGAGGGAACUUGUACAAACAGGACACGUCACGCAUCGUCAUGGCCGACUCGUCAUCCUCGCAGAGUUGGUGGAAGCUGACCUUCCUUCGCAAGAAGAAGUCAGAGCCCAAAGUUCUGUACGAAAUCCCGGCGGAGUACGGCAGUAACCACGGCAACAUGGACGCCAGCAGCAGUGCCGACGACAGCCAGUUCAAUGCGCGGCUGGAGAAGAUUGUGGACAAGUCCGCUACCAAGGGCCGGCACAUGAAGGUGUCGCAUUCCGGUCGCUUCAAAGAGAAGAAAAGGGUCCGCGCUACCUUGGCUGAAAACCCCAGUCUCUUCACUGAAAACACGAACAGUGAAAACCACAACGAGUAGCAACGCGCACACACAUACCCGCAACAGCACCGACACAGCCUGGGCAGGAGACCGCGGUGCUUAUAGAUGCUGAGGAUCAAGAGGUGUCUCGGUUUCACGUUAAUUAUGGAGGUCUGGGUUGGGUUAGGUCACAUCUGAAAUUUCUCUUACUGGACGCACAAAAAACAGGGCAUAGCAAUUACCCGUUAGCAAAAUGAUCUUCACUGUCAGUGGCUUUGCAGAAAUGGGCAAUGGGCAGCGAAUAGUAAAAAUGUGGAUAUUUGGUCAAAACAGUGCUGGUAAGCUAUUGCAUUGCUCCAGCCACAAGUGUGCUCCUGCGUUACUACAGCCGGACCGCACAGUGCAAUCUAUCCCAUUGUGCGGCAUGCCUAUGGCACAGUCCUUGCUUGGCUUUCUUUGGGUUAUUCAACUGCAGGGCUAUAAUGGUAUUAUAUAUAUAUAUAUAUAUAUAUAUAUAUAUAUAUAUAUAUAUAUAUAUAUAUAAUAUUGUGUGUGUGUGUGUGUGUGUGUUUUUGUGCAGCAAAAUGAAUUGUAACCUUUUUUUUCAGCUUGCACACCAAACACCUGAAAUCCAGGGACCCCAGUAUUUAUUUUUGAAUAAUUAAAAUAUAUGUAAAAUAACUCCAAGCUUAACAACUCUGUUUAACGCUAGAGCCAGGCAACAUCACACGCCUGUCCUCUACAGACUAACAUUUUUUUUAAUUAAGAAAAGGUUACCAAAGGGACUGGUUGCAUCAUUUUUUUUAUUUUUUUUUAAAGACGGCUCCUAUGUUUUAUCGACUCCUUGAAGGGGAUGACUUGAAUUCGCCUCUAAGUAUACUUUAUCUAAUACACCCCACGCUGUCCCAU